CAGCUUGCCAGUCCACAAACCGACGUAGACCGCGCGGCCGCGAUGCAACAGCCAACGAACAAAAACGAAUCCGAAUUUACAUUUUCAAAUUGAAAAUUUAACAUUCUUCUAACGUAUUCCGUAAAAAUUUGACGUGUGUUGUAAAUGUCAAAAUUUUGAAUAAUGUGAAUUGUUUUUUUUUUUGGUUUUCGAAUGUGUAGGAAUGUGGUAGUGUCCAUGCACAAGAGAACGAGUGUAGUGUGAUUUUUUAUUGUUUUUCUCUUAAUGAGCUGUCAACUUUGGCUCUCUGGGAUAGAGUUCUUAUAAGACUGAAUCAUGUGGCGGAUACUACUAGCAACAGCGCUGCUAGCGACCGCGCGAUCGAAGCAGCUUCCAUCGUCCACUGAAUUAGCAACGACAACAGUGGGUACAGCCACGGAAGCGGAGACGACAGCAUGGCCCGGUUCAGUGGCGCCCCUCGACACUUUGACCGUCGCCUGCGAGAAGGACAGCAUGCAUGUCACUGUCUCGCUCGCCACACACGGCAGAAAUAGCAUAUACGACACAUUCAACGGCAUCGUGUACCCAGCAGGGCUGGGCAGCAACUCCACCUGCCUUCGGGAGUAUAUAUCGGAGAGAGGCGACCUGCAGUACACACUGCCGCUGCGAGGAUGCAAUACUAUGUCUACUGAUAAUGAAGAUGGUACCGUAGAAUACUUCAACAACGUCAUAGUGCAGCCCCACCUGCGCCUGGUGACGGGUCAGGGUCGCGGCUAUCACGUGCGCUGCCGCUACCGGCGUCGGGACCUCACACACUUCCACCUCUACAGACCCCGAGCUGAUCGACUCACGAACUCCUUGACCGAUGACUUUGGAGACAGUAACGAAUUCGACGAAGACUCAGGCCUGCUACCAUCCGUGUCAAUGAAGAUUUACAAAGGGGACCCAGAAGAGAAACAAGUGGCGUCCAACGUUCGCAUCGGCGACACGCUGAGCCUGGUAGUGUCCUUGGAGAAACAGCGCCAGUUCGGUCUCCUAGUGUCCGAGUGUUCUGUAAGGGAUGGGCUCGGGUGGGCUGAACAGAGUCUGAUAGCUGAUGAUGGGUGUCCUUUAGACGGGGAGAUCAUGGGCCAGUUCCAGUACAGCUCUGACCGGCAGACAGCUCGCGUGUCGUUCCCCGCGCACAAGUUCCCCUACACCGCCAGUGUGUACUACACCUGUGAGGUCAAACUCUGCGAUUUGAACCACCCUACGGAUUGCGAGCCGUGCGCUCACAAGCGUCGCGUGCGGCGUGACGAUGAAGGAUCUCCGGCCACGGUGGAGGUCUUCAAGGGACUGUAUGUGAACGAGGCCGACUCCCCUGACAAUGAUGAUGUCACCAGCGAGAAGAAAGAAGACGAAAUCUGCAUAUCCCAGCGCAACUUCGCGAUCGGCAUAUGCAUAGCUGGAGUCAUCCUCAUGAUUUGCGUCAUAGCGGCCAUAGCCUUCAUUCUCGCACGAAGACGGAACCCGAAGACUUACUCGAGGACCGGCAGCUCGUUGUACAGUGGCCCAUACACGAACACUGGCUACUCUCACACCAGUUAAACCUUCUUGCUAAAACAACGCAUACAAUGACAUACACUGCUCAAUUUGAUUUUGACAGCUGUCAAAAGUGACACCUGUCAAAAAAUGUGACAUCGAAUUUUAAAUGAAGAAUUGUAUGUUAAGGUACAAAAAGUGGUCUGGUAUAGACUUUAAAUUCGUGUAUGUCAGUAUGUUUAGUGCCAUUUAAGUAUUGGACAUAUAUUUUUAUGAUUAUUGGUUUUUUAAACAUCGAAUUUUUAGGAGAAUAUUGCAAUUUACAAAAUUAUCGAUCGCCUAAUAUUAUAGUAGGAAGCAUAGGAUUUAUCAGUGAGUAAUCAAAGUUGUGUUUAUAACCACAACAACUCAGUCAUACGUUAAUUUUAGUUUCUUUUUUAAUUACCAUUUGUAUUUUAUUUACCAUUACAAUAAAAUUAGAAAGGAGUGCAUCUGUGUCAAAAAUAUUAUGUAACAACAAAGAAACGUCAGAUUAUACACUCCAGAAAAUGUAGAAAUGUGGUUUUUAUGAAGAUAUUCGAUACCGAAAACAGAUAAUUUCGUGUUUCGAAUUCUUACUAAUAAGUUUUAGUUGACUACUUAUCAUACGUCAAUCAAUUCAAUACUGCAAUUUUCAAGACACUACCCAUCAGACUUCUAGUACCUAUUACUUAAUAAAAACUACACUUAAUUUAAAAAAAGGAUGAUUCGAUUCUUCUUCUUCUUCUUCCAUUUACAUAUAUUUUACACCUACCCGAUAACACCGUAGGCGUAGUAUUUUGAUCUUCUAAACACAUAAUAGAAACCACUUUUCUUAGUAUUUAUUAUAAUAUUUGUGAUAAUUCGUUCGUUCGUAUACGUUAUAAUAAAAUGUAUCUCAACAAUGUAAUAUAAGUAAUAUCUGGUUGCCUUACGUUACGUAAACAUAAUAUAGGAAUGACAGGAGUCAUUUUUAGGGUGAUUUUAAAAGGCCUGUAGGACUAGAAUUAUUUUUUUCUUUAAUAGGCCCAUUUGCAGGCCUCUUUUGAGCAGGGACCGGACAACCCCACUUUAGAGUUAAGCCGUUUGACAGGGUAA